AAAAGACACAGCCCCGAUACGAACGAACCCGUCCGGCCUCUUCCUCCGGUCCGGCGGUACGAGUAAACCCUACGCUCGUCUUCCUCCGUUCGCCGACACCACCUCACGUCGCCAUGGCCGGCGACGGCGACCACCCGGGCGCCAACAAGCGGGAGCGCGAGGCGGUGGGGAGGCCCGAGGCGCCGUCCAAGGGGGGAGGCGAUGCCGUCAAGCGGAAGAAGCCCUACGACGCCCCCGGGGCGCGCGGCGGCGGCUCCAAGGAGAAGCCGCAGCCUGUCACCGCCAUGGAAAAGCGGGUGGCAGCCGAGAAAUGUCCUUAACUCUCUGUGGCAGGAAAUUUUCCUGCCCGAGUCGAGGAAGCCCGAUUACAAGCUCGUGAAGGAAAUCACAGUACUAUGUCAAAAGGUGAGAUGCUGUAAUCUGAGCGGGAAGGAGAGAUCCAAGCUACUUACCGAGGCUCUCCGUAAAAUGGAUGGGAAAUAUUUGGAAAUUGCUGGAUCCCCUGUAGCCGCAUCUGUUCUUAAAUUAUGUGUGCAGUGGUGCUCACAGUCAGAGAUGGAUCCUGUUUUUGUUGCCCUGCAGCCACAUUUGCUCGAUCUUUCUCGCAAUAAAGACACUGGUUUCCUUGUGAAUUAUAUCAUAAAAGGGGCCAGUAAAGAACAGUUUGCCUUGUUCAUCUCUUCCCUUCAUGGUCAUGUCGCUUCUCUACUUCAUCACACAAUAGGAGCGUCAGUUGUUGACCGUGCCUUUCAUCAGGCGACGCGGCCCCAGAAAAGAAGUUUGUUGUUGGAAUUGUGCUCCACUGAGCUUCAGCUGUCCAAGGACCUGGCUCAAGAAAAACAAUGCAGGCUCAGUGUGUUAAAUAUAAUUUCCAAGCAUGGACUACAGAAAUCAUCUGUCCUGCAGCAUAUGACUACUAUUAUCCAGCCAGUACUGGAAAAGGGUAUUGUUGAGUAUUCCAUAGUACACAUGGUCAUAUCGGAGUACUUAACAAUUGCGGAUAAGACAUCAGCUUUGGAUGUGAUUCGUCAGUUAAUCCCCCAUCUUAUCCAAGGGUCAUCUGUCCUAGAUGAAGAUGUGAUUGGUCAAUUAAUCCCCCAUCUUACACCAACGAAAUCAAAAGCGCAGAAGAAAAGAUCAAAAGCGAAGAAGAAAAGAUCUUCAGAACUACUUCUCAUUCGGAUCAUGCAGACGAAGGAAGGAUUAAAAUUAGGGCUUGCUUGCCUCAAGCAUGGCCUUGAGAAGGAUAGGAAGAGGAUUAUCAAAAGCUUGAAGGGGCAUAUUAGGAAGCUUGCUCUCAAUGAUUAUGGAUGCCUUUUCGUUAUUUGUCGUCUCUCCAUUGUUGAUAACACAGAACUUAUUACUGAGGUUGUAGUUGAUGAGCUGACAAAGCACUUAAAGGAACUCAUAUUUGACAAGAACGGGAGACGCCCAUUGCUGCAGCUAUUUCACCCACUUUGCUCACGUUAUCUGACUCCGCGUGAAUUGUUUUAUCUGAAUUACAACGUGCCUUCCCCUGUUUCAAAGGUUAACUUGGAUGGUGAGUCGGAUGAUGUAGCUGACAAAGAACAUGGGGGUUCAGAAGACACAUUGGUUGUGUCUGAUAGCAACCCGAUUAAACGGCGGCAAGUACUGUUGGUGAAAAGCGAGCUUUAUGAGGUUCUCGUUGAGACUUGCAUUGAAAAUGUUGGAGAGUUACUUCGAGCAAACUUUGGCAAAGAUGUACUAUAUGAGGUGGAAAAAAAUAACUUCUUGGAGGGGGUCACUGACAGGAUCCACGUACUUCACAAUGCUAUAGCUUGUGACGCAGCGCGCCCGAGGACAGAUGAUGUUGAUGAGCACGCCUUUGAUAACUACCACUCCAGCCGCAUAAUCAGAAGAAUGGUACUUGAUUGUCCUGCAUUUGCUGCUACCCUCUGGAAAAAAGCCCUCGAAGGGAAAUGCAAGUUAUAUGCAGAUGGAUUCAGCUCUAUUAUGGUGGCUGCCUAUCUGGAAUCUCCAGAUUCCAGGGUGAAGGAUCUUGCGAAAGCUGAGUUGCAACCGCUCAUUGACGGUGGCAUACUGAAGCCCCAGGAACAUAAAGCAGAGGAGGAGAAGUCUGCCAUGGAGUGUAGUUCUGACGAUUCAUCAGAGCUAAGUGAUACAGAUAUUGCCGACUAUGCUAAAAAAGCAUACACGGAUUUGAAGUCUGGCAAGCUUGUGGCGAGGUUUGGCACUGACAGGUUUAGAUGCCCAUUCUGCCCCGGGAAGAAGCAGGAAUACCGUUACAGUGAUCUGCUUAAUCAUGCCAUUGGCCUGAGUGCAUCCAACCAUGCUGCAAAGGUGAAGGCAAACCACCAGGCCCUGGCUAAUCAUCUCAAGACGGACCAUGCUGAUGCAGCAACCUCAUCCUCAAUGCCUGUACGACACAAACUGAGGCACUGAUUAAUCCUCCUAGGCCCAGGCCUGUGCAAGAUCUACCUGCAAACUAAGCAGAUUUCGCCAUGGACAAAUCGUCAAGCUCUGGUGUUGCACUUUUUUUUCUUUCCCUUUGGGCAUUGGUGCAUACAUGAAUGGCGAUACUGCGAUUAGCCUUGCUUUUUCUCUAUAUCAUCAUUGCGUUUAUUACAGCGAGCAUGGGCCCGGAUGCAACAGGGACACAUUCAUGGCCUCCAUGCUGGCCAGCGGCUCUGGUAACAACGAUCUAUAGGACCGGCAACGGCCCCUUUGCGGUUGACUGUAGGGAUACAAACACAAGGAGCAGAUCCAGCAAUCAACACAUAGGAGGUGUUUACUUCGAUGAGUGGUAACGUAAACGUAAAGGGGAACUGAUUACACACUGUAACAGCACUGGAAUGGACAAACCUCGUUCUGUUUGGUUUUGCAGUGUAAAGGAAAAAUCAAGAACAGAUCAGAUCGAGAUCUGCAGGAGGAGCUUGAUGGAGGAGGAAGAGAUUGAUCCAGAGAUGGGCCUUGUUGCUCCUCGUCGGCGGCUUCGGCGGUACAUCCUCAUCGGCGGCUGGCUGGCGUGGUCGUUCCCGGCGACUGGAUCAGGAGGAGAGGACGGAGGGGAGGCAGCGGCGCUGGACUCGAAGCGGGUCGAUCGAGAGGCGGCGGCGGCGCUGGACUUGAAGGGAGGCGGUGGCGGCAGCGGUGCACGUAGAUCGAGGGGGGAGAAAGGAGUCGUGGGGGAGGAGGGCUGGGGGGUGAGGAGCGCUCGAGGGUGGGAAGGAAUCCUUUACCGAUGGGGGUUGGGGGGUAUCGACCGAUCACUGUCCCGGACCUGAUUACAGAGGGACCUGAUUACACAAGGUUGCCACCAAACGCACGUAACGUUAUCCGUUUACAAUGUAAAGAGGUGACGGAUGAAAAUUGCUGAAACAAACACCUCCAUAGAGUUUACUCCUGCUUUGGUGAAUUAAUUGAUGUAUGAGCUCAAGUUAUAAGGAGCGCAACUUGCCGGCAAGGUGCGCGGGAAGUACAGCUACUACACAUAGUUGAGUAAAGUGUCGACCUUUGUAAA